CUUAGAGAUUUUUAGAUGAGGAACAGUUGAAACUUGCUUUUAUUUCACUUUGCAGAUGCAGCUACACACAUCAGCAAGACUGUAUAACAGUGAUCAGCACAAAAAUGUUCUUUGAAAAUUUCUAGAGAACAGAGAUUUUCAUGACAUAAUGAGACUAUGACAACUCAUAAAAUAAAUUUACAAACUUAAGAAUUACAGAGCUACAGGCAAGACUAAAUUACAGAAUGCUUGCUGAAAAUAUAUUAUUGAGAAAACACAGGCUUCUAUCAAGUUUUCAUCAUGUUAAGAACAGUAUUUUCACUUGGGUUAGGUAAAGGGAAAGUUUGACUGUCUGCAGAGAACAGCCUAUGAGUCGCCUGGCCGCGGAAGGAAAUCCCUGAGACAUGUACAUCCAUGUGCUAUCGCAAGUGGAAAAAGAGGUAGGCAGGAGUUCCCUCCCUGGUGUAUCUGCCUCUGAUGGUUAUCCAAAAGCAAAUACCAGGCUUUGAGCUCAUCUGGCCUGGCUGUUUAAUCCUUUAGCACAUUUCAGUUGGAUCUUUUCACUGAUAAUAGCCAAACAUUCUGCUAGUGGCAUGCUUUCUUCUAUGCCUAACGCCACAGACCUGGCAUUACAGCAGAUACUCUUCUGGCAACAUCCUCCCUGCUGCACUCGGGGACCUGGGCAGGGAUUAAUUGCUGCUGUUGAAAACUGCUCUCUCACACUUGCAUUCCAGCUCUAAUAUCUCUCCACUGGGCAAAAAUUACUGCAACUGCUUUUCUGCUAUUGGCAGAAAGAGAAAUUAAACAAAAACCAAUAGUACCCUGCUUCUUUCCUGAGGCUAUCUUUUCAGACUGUUCUUAGAAAAUAAAGUAGAAGUAUCUGGGGUAUUUUUCAGUUUCUAUAUUGUCUCUAACACCUCUCAUACCCCAUAUUCUGUUCUCCCCACUGUACCCUCCUGUUAGCCAUUCCCAAUGCAGAUUCUGGCCUUCCCUUUGUGAGAAAACAUAAUUGAUUUCAUACUACAAAAAAGAAAGAAAAAGAAAAAGAAAAGGAAAGAGAAAAAGAAAAGGAAAAAGAAAAAGAAAAAGAAAAAGAAAAAGAAAAAGAAAAAGAAAAAGAAAAAGAAAAAGAAAAAGAAAAAGAAAAAGAAAAAGAAAAAGAAAAAGAAAAAGAAAAAGAAAAAGAAAAAGAAAAAGAAAAAGAAAAAGACAGUUGGGCCAAAACGAGUUCAAGACAUUCCACAAGUUCAAUGUCAGCAUGCCUUAUACAGUUUGACUCAGCCUGCAUUCUACAAGAUUGAUCCCAAGAGACACUUGCCCUGGGUGAAGAGUCCCCCUGAAAGGUUAAAAUUCCUGCAACAGCUACCAGGUAGGUAGAAAGAGAUAAGGAGUAGAUAACAGGGAACUUCGUGGCAUUUCCUGCAGCCACUCUCCCGUAGGAGCUGGCUUCAGUCCAGUUAAAGCAUUUGAUGUAUUUAAUCCUACCCACAUGUCGUUCACUCAGAAAGAAGCAACUUGCGACUUGUACUACCCAGCACCUAAACAGGGGCAUUUAGUUUCACAUAUACAAACAAUAGCUAAGACACAGAGAUAAUUGUACAUCAUACAAAAUCCGUAACACAUUAAACCGCAUUAAAACAUUAAAAUACAUGGAAGUAUAUAGCAUAAAUAAAGUAUGUGUGUGUAUAGGUAGGUAUGCAGGUAUGAUUUUUGUUUCUGAGUUUCUGUGGGGCUGGAGCUGGCAGGCUCGGAGGAAGCGGGACCCCGCGGGGCAGGUGAGCCGGCGGUGGCUGCGGGGGGCAGCCCGGCCCUCAAGGAGUUACGGAGCACGAUUACUUCAUGUUCCCACCGGCCGCUUUCGGCUGCCCGCCCCGGCCCGUUUCACAAUCCCGGCUCUCGAGCAGCGCUGUCAAGCCGGGCACACACCCCCCGUGUUCUCAUGCUGGAUUUUCCCAGGCCAUGAAUAAUCUCGAAGCCCCCCUCAAUAAAUACACGUUCAGGGAUGUCCGGAGCUCAUUCAACCCACCAGCCUCGCAGACGACAAGGGGCCGGGGCCGGACUCGAGAAGAAACCGCACCAUGAAGUUUCCCCGGGACUGCGGCUGCGACCCUGUCCGCGCCGGCCGCCGCCGGCCGCCCGCCCUCCGCGCCGCGCUGCUGCCGCCGCCGCUGCUGCUGCUGCUGCUGCUGCCGGGGGCCGCCGCCGCCCCGCUGCCCCACACAGACUCCUCGGGGGAGGCCGAGCUGGACGAGGCGGCGGCGCGGCGGGCGGCGCUGCCCGACAGCCUGCGGCUGGCGCGGCUGCUGCACGCCCGGGCGGCACAGCUGCAGGACGAGAUGUGCGAGAAGUUUACCGUCUGCCAGAACAGCAUGGAAAUGCUCCUCCACAACAACCUCAACCUCCCCAGGGUGACGGAGGAAGAUGGGUGUCUGCUCGCCGGCUUUAAUGAGGAUAAAUGCUUGAGAAAAAUCUCCAGCGGGCUUUACACAUUUCAGACAUACCUCAAAUACAUACAAGAAACUUUUAUUAGUGAAAACCAAAAUGUUGAAUCGCUAUCCUUUAGUACAGAGCACCUGGCACGCACCCUAAGACAGAUGGUGAUCAAUCCCGAAGAAGUGAUCAUCCCAGAUGCAGCUACCCAGGAAUCCCUCCACACAAAGCUGAAGUCCAGUAAGGCCUGGACAGAGAAAAUCAUCAUCCAUCUCAUCCUCCGAGAUUUUACUUCGUUUAUGGAGAAGACAGUGAGGGCCGUGCGCUAUUUGAAAAACACCAGGAGUUUCAGUGUUUGAAUGUUUUAGUUCAGGCACAAUCCUUUUGUUACAAAUCUGUCAGGUGGCAGAUAACAGUGUUGUUCUGUUUUAAGAACUAGAAAUAGUAACAAUGGUUUGCAUCUAUAAACAUUCCCAUUUCCUUCUAGGAACUUAUUUAUUGUAUUUAAAAUAUUUAUUAGUUUUUAAUAUUUCCUAUUUAUAUUUUCAAUAUUUAGAAAUAAUUUAAACAAAUAAUGUAUUUUAUUUCCAUUCUAAUGGUACUAUUCAGAUAUAAACUUAUUUAACAUGUAUUCAACAAAAAAUACUUUCAGAACCCAGAAAAAUUGUUGUAUAACUUAUGUUUUUAUAUAUUUGAGAGAUGGUAUUUAUGACUUUUUAUAUUUUUAGGACAAAUAAAGCAAUUUUUAAAAAAAGCUUGUAUAACCUCUGUGAAUUUUAAAUAAGACUGAAGCAGUCUAAUAUAUCCAGUUUUUAGUAACUGCAAUUACCAGAAUAAUCACUUUCAAGAACCUCUGCUUAUAAUUAGGCCAGUUCUCUACAUAGCACAUAUGUACACACAUACAAACAACUUGAUUACCAUAUAAUUAUUAAAAUGGAAUAUGGAGGAACCAAAUGCAUUUAAAAAUGAACAGGAUAAAUCAUCAAUACGCCUGAGAAACAAAUGGACAGGUGCCUUAUAUGUAACAAGGAACACCCAAUAAAAUUGUUUGUAAGGAUCUUCUUACAAGUCAAAUAGUGUCUUUUAAACAAAUAAAGUGGUGAGGCAACCACAUUAACCACUUUGACAUGAAUACUAUCCUCUGAUUAGUUUUAUUGCUGUCAUCCAGGGGAAUUUUCCAAGUUUGGUUAAACAUUUCUGGCCCCUACCCCAAGAAGUAGAAAAAAAAAUUUAGGUUAUUUCCUUAAGCAAUAUAAAUCAUUAUAUUGCUGCUAAGCAAUGCGGCAACAUGCAUUUGUCUUUUAUAAUUUAUAUUUCACUAGUAUGGACAAGCCACAUACCAUGAAUGCAUACUCUUGAACACUUGUGUGGGGAAAAAACCAACAAAACAGAACAGGACUUAAGCCUGAAUACCAAACCACUGAAAUUUUCCUUGGCUGCAGGAUCCACAGCACUGUGCAGGUACCUCAUAUACCUAAACUCAGAGGAAUUCACAGACCACAUAGGGGAUGCAGGCAGCAGAAGUCCCUCAAGAUUUGUCCCUAAAAAUGGUAGAAUAUUAAUUACCCUCAAUUACCCUUUAUUUUCCUUCUGGCACAGUGGUGAAGAUGCACAGAUGAAAGGCAUGCCUUGGAAUGUGGAUAAGGAUGUCAGCAAACUCUCCUCUUCCUCUGAGUGAUCUGAUUGUCCACAUAUGCAUUCCACCACUGGGGAUGCCAAAACAGUGACCAGUCCACCCACUACUCACAUCUCAGAUGCUCAAAACACAGCAAACCACUGCUUUGCCCAAUAUGGUAAAAAUACUGUCAUCUCAAGUUGAGCAACAUCUGGAGAAGGAAUGAGGAGAGCUCAAGGUGAUCUUUAAAGAGGGCUGUGGUGAAUGGGUUUUCUAACAGCACAUAAGAUCGUACUUUAACUGUCCUGGAACAUGCUCCAAGAAACAUAGGGAAGCCUUGCUUAGCCUUUUCACUGCUUGCAUUCACAGGGAUUUUCUUUUAGUGACCAUUUGAUUAGAGACCUUUCUGGCUUUUAUUAUGCCAAUAAUAGCUAUAAGACACAAAGUGGAUCCUACACUGGAACUAACUACUAUGUGAGAAUAGAGAGGGGGGAAAAACCCCAAACCCCUGACCAAAAGGAAAGGAAUCUCCUGGUUUCACCUCUCCCAGUAGAUAAUGACUGCCUAUCACCAGUGGCUGUGAUCACCAUUAGUUACUAUGUACACUGCAUCUACACAAACUCGCACUGAUCUCCUGAAACGCCAAAAAUCAUCUAAGAAUUGGAGUGCUGAAAUCCCUUGCAACUGACAGACAAGCACCAACACUUCCACCAGCACCCUUCAGCUGAUGGCUACCUCAGGCUUUCUGUAAUUCUAGUAAAUAUGUAAAUGCUGCCACAUUUUAGGGUGCAGAAAACGAGCAAAGAUUACCACUUGUUGGGUGGUGAGGUCAACUUUCAAGUCCUUCCUGGAGCAAAGUGUUAUCCCUGAUGGUGCUACUGAGCUGCCAUUAUUUCACCUGUGGCUCCUCCACAGUUCUCAGGGCCCUUCAGUGCAGCACCUGCCUUGCUGCCCAUCAAUCUCCUGUCACAGAGGCAAUUUCAGGGGCUGCUCCCAGGAUCAGCACCACCUGCUGAAGCCAACAUUCACUGGUGCUUCUGGAGCACAAAUAUUUGCAGUGGGGAAUUCAGAUGAAAUCAGAGAAGACCUAAACACUGCUGAACAUGUUACAGAGCCUCUCAAAUGAACCAAAUUACAUCCUUUUUCCAGUCUCUGUGUAGAAACUAUUUUACAUCAGUAAACACACAAAGGCAUUUAUUUUAGUUGGCAGACUAGCACAAACACAUAAAAAACCUAGAACAAUAGUAAAAGUGAGCAGUCCUAACUAAAGUCAGCAACAAUGCCUCAACACUUCUGCUGAAGAGAGCUCUUCCUAACUGACAGCCAAUUCAUUGAGCAAGGAAAACUCAAAAAAACCCAAAACAAAACAACAAAACCCCCACUAACACAACACAAACAAAAAAAGACUUGCUAAUAAUUACCUAAAAAAUAGGAAAUUACCCACCAAAGCAGCAUUUUGGCUGCUGCUGUACAGGACCAGCCUCACCCUGUACAUCCCAGCCAGCCUUUCCCCACAUUUCCAUUCAUCCUUAGUCGUUAACCUCACACUGAGAUUCUGGAAUGCUUCACAGAUUACCAACUCCCGUCAUCCUGAUUUUGAAUUCCCAAAGAAGGAAGAAGGUAAAGCUAUGUUGAAAAGCAUGCAUACUUGAUACAAUAUUCAAGAAAAGCCCACAGUAUUCAGAAACAGUGUUGAGGAUGAGAAACAAAAUAUCCCUAAGAGCAGCUGCCCUAACACCAGAAUGCUGGACAAGAAGGAAAAAAACCAAAACCAAAACAACCCCCCCAAAAAAAACCAAAAAGACAAUGCAACCUAAUAUUAAAAUUAUCUGUAAUAAAAAAGUGGGGGGGAGGGGUAACAAAUAGUCUCUGAAGUACCGUUUUUCUAUUUUGUAUCCCUACUUUAUUGUGUAAAAAAUUUCUCAGGAAAAAAAAAAAAAAGUGGAAAACAUUUCAGCCUGACCGACUUCCCAGGCUGCAGUACCAUUCUCUACCCAGUACUUUAGUAUAAACUCUAAAUUUUGGCAGAGAACAACAGCUACUUGAAUGGCACUGCCUGCAUCUCUAGUAGCUCCACAGAUUUCAUUAACAGCUGAUGGCGAGAUUAGCAAAACCACGCUGAUGCUACAAAAGAUGGAAGUGUUACACCACCAGUAAGGGAUGGCAGCAGGAUCAUUCUUCAGCAGUAAUGAGCCAUUAUGUUUGGCUUAGCUUAAUGGGAAACUUCCCCCCAUCUUUGCCACCGUUAUUUGUAACUAAUAAUCUUUUCCACUUUCAAUUUAAAAGAAAAAAUGGUGGAAAGGUAAGUAUGAAGUAGUAUAUAUCAAAGGUCUCAUGGUCAAGGUGCUGGCAAAAUUUAAAAAAAAAAAAAAUUUAAAAAAAAAGUCUAUCUAUAACUACAAACCUUGUGACUAAGUCCUUGCUUUUCAAGUCAAAUGAUUAGAUAACUUCUGAUCUCUCAGUGAAUUUUCCUUUUCUUGAUAAGCAGAAAAUCAAAACCCACCUAUUCCUUUGCUCCCAAAAAAUGCAACCUCUGCAAGCUCCAACCUUAAAGUACUACUUUUCCUCCAUGAAUUACUAGCAAAAUCAACUAUUUUCUGUCAUCUAAACAUAUUUACCCAAAUCCUCCUAUAUUGUCAGGACUGGCUUUGGCAGUCAUCAGAAAACACUCUGCAGAAAUUUUACAAUCUGGAUUUCUAUUCAGUGACCAGAAUCUAAGAUUCAAUCCUUCUUGAGAAAAUGUUUAAAAAACACAAUCAAACAUUCACCAUCAGAAUCAAAACACUGAGAUUUGAUUUGCCCUGCCAUAUUCUUUUUCACACAGCAGAUAAACAUUCCCUCUCUUUAAUCCAUCCUCUAAUUUUGAAUUAAAUAAGCAGGACCAAGAAACAAUGUAUGUAACCCACAAGCUUAACCAAGAAAUGGCUAUUGCAUCACACACCAUCCUGGAAAAGUAUUCAGAAAUUGCAAUUAAGUUGUUAUUUGUAAAAAUUAAAUUAGUCAUAUGACAUUUAACAGGAUGUGGUCUCUCCUCCUGUGGUGAAAACAGAUGUAAUGAGCUUUAAUUUCCAAAUAUCAUUGGUUACCAUCAUAGCUUAAAUUCCAAGCCUGUAACAAAGUAUUUCCAAAAAUAUCCAGGGUAUAUAUAGUUUGAUUUAGCCAUUUUUCCUGAUAAAAACCAUUAUGUUACAUGUCUGUUUCAUUUACCAUUCAAUAAAAGAAGACAAGAUCUUAAGCAGCUCUUUGUCACCUACAGCCAUUUUGGAAAACAGCCGUACAAAGUAGCAAAAGACAAGUUUUAUACCUCACCAAAAUGGGCAUGUUGCCACAAAAUUCUGAACAUUGAUUUGGUCUGCAGUUUGUGUGUUUAAAUGUUAUAGUUCAUCUUUAAGAGGAGCUUUGCUCAUUUGCAAUUCAUUCAAGGAAAAAAAAUCACCCAGCCCGUUUUACACCUGUGAUGAGAUACAGUACAGUUACUUUGUACCAGGCGUGUCUACAGCAGGAAUUUGUAGCAGAACUAAAAACCUGUUACAAAUCCCUGAUCACCUUAAUUUUGCCUCACAACUGGCCAGGCCUUGAAGAGUUUAUGGAGCACACAGAUAGAUUUCUUCGUAGAUUAAGAACAAAAUUCUACUGAAAGCCAGGGUUUGGUUUUUUCCUUCCUUUUAGUGAUGACACCAAACUGACCAUUCUUUUUCUACCCUGCCACCAGGAGAUCCACAGUCCAUAUGCCAAGACCAAGAAAACCACCAAACUCACCAGCCUCCCUCUCUGUCCCUUGCACAAUUGCUUGUCACCAGGUACAACAGGCUCCAGUGACAGGUGACAUUUCCCUGACACUGAGGCAGCCAUAAGCACACUCCACCUCCCUCCACUUUGAAGGCACAAAGUAAAAUGCCAAACAAUCCCUAUCUGCAGGCUAAGAUCAACAGGAUACCUCAAAGUCAGUGCAAUCUCCAGCAAACACAGGAAGGCAUCAGUGAUUUUAUUUCACACAUCUACACUGUAGCCUUGAGCUCACCUGUGGUACCCAGAGCCCAUUUUUUGUAGUAAAUUAUGCUCACUAGCUUUAUUCCAACACUGGGAGGUCACAGGACUCCAUCACAGAAAAGAAUCUGCACUUGGCUGUGGAAGGCACUGAUUCAGCGACAGAGAUCAAUACUGUCAAGCAGGAACUCAUAUUUGUUCUUUUUUAAGUGUCUCCCAUGUGACAGUAAAAUAAAAUUUUCUCAAGUUCUACUGGGAGAAAAACAGAAUGGAAAAAAUCAUAGAUUAAACCACUUGAAAUUAAUAACACCUAACUGACCAACAUGAGAGUUAUUCCACCUCACUCCACAAACCUGCCCUCUUCUCCUAAGCACCACCAAAAAAUCCUCAGUCUUGCUAAAACUAGCAUAUUUCCUGACCUUAUUUAAGGGAAUUAAGAUUCUUCACAGCAAUCUGUUUAAUGUACAACUUCCCAAACCACUGAUCUGCUCUUACAAGCACAUUCAAAUUUUGUGAAAAUGACAAAAACUGCAAAGUAACUUCAAAACAUCCAUACCAAAGAUUUCUUCAUUUUUACACUUGAAGAAAAAUGCCUCUUUUUGGUUUUGCUACCUUACAAUUCAUUACCAAGAUUUAACAAUUAAUACCUAUUUUUUUUUUUUCACCAGGGAAGAAUGUUUAUUUAAGGAGAAGUUUCACUCAUCUUUUAAUUACAGGAAGAGCACUGUAUGGAAUGAAACAAAAAACAUUAUACUACAUACUGGCAUUCAAUUUAACUGACUUGAAAGUACUAUAAAAGAUUUUUCCCCCUCAAUUUGAAAACCCAAGAUUUCUAUGCUAAUUACAUACCUCAGUAGCAGUGAAUUACCAAAAAUUUCCUAUCCAAUGUGCUUAAAGUAAGAAUUGCAUAAGCAAUAUUUAUCCAGUAAUUCCAAGUCGCAAAAAACCUGAAAUGCAACUAUUUUUAAGACAAACGUUCAGCAUGGAGACGUCACAGAAUCUGUCCUGUGCUUGAUAUAUGCAUGCUUUUGUAAAACUUUUAAUGAAAGAGGAAACACUUCCCUAUUCUCUACCUCUUGCCAAAUACUAUCAUUCUUGGAAAGCAGCCAGAGCAACCAUGUGGCGGUUACGACCCACAAACCACAUCCCCAAAUGUCAGACACACAACAGAGCACAUGAAAUCACAUGAAAUACACUUCUGCAGGUGUUUGGGUCCAUCCACCCACUGCUGCAUUUUGGAUGUUGUACAGCCGUGUGAAAUGCAAAAUCUGAUUGAGAAAUAUGAGUUAUUUCACAUCGAAUACUGUAUCUCUUAGUAUUGAAUAUCUCAGGUUACUGCACAAAAUUCAACAGAAGAAAAAUGCUCCUAAUCAUGAUUAAAACCAUGCAAAGUAGCAACAGAUUAUUUCAUUAUUAUUAUCCUUAGGAUAACUGAAGAAAAAGAAUCAAAAAUUUAAUUUCUUUCAUAAUUUAAGACAUAUGAGCAGUUACCUUAAUCUCAAGUUAGCAUAAGAGAAAAGGCACUAGAAAGGCUUUAGGAUAGCAAAAGGAUCAAUGGUCAUGAGAAACUGUUCUGCAUUCAGUCCUUGCUCUGUUCCACUGUUAGCAGUCUAUCAGCAUUAGCCUUGCCAGUAUUUCAUGACAUUUGACUGAGUUAUCAUGAUUAAUGGAAUUUUAAAGAACAUGCUGGUUUGCAUUAGCUGUUAUAAGCAUUUUCACUUUUUUCUUUCUAAUCCUUGUCUUUCAAUUAAAGAUUUUUCCCUUGGCUCAUUUCUCUCUGAUUUUCCAAUCACAGCCCUUAAACACAGUAACAUUUUGCCAUGAAUUGUCAUGGCAGAUUAAAAACUGAUAAAUCUCCUAUUCUUAAACAUUUAAUUAAUGUAAAAACUGCCUGAAAAUCUGUGGGUUGAAAAAAAACCCAUGCUAAAAUCUAGAAUACCUAUGUUGCAAUGACAGUUUGGGGCCAAUAAACAUUAUUUUUUAAAAAUCACCACAGAUACAAACUACCCUGCACAGUUCUGGAAGAGAGAGAGCAAUCCACCCAAAACAGCUUCUAUUUAACAGACACCAAACAGUCACCAUUUUAGUGCUUGAACUUCAGGGUUAAAAGGGAGAAAAUCAAUUGAAACCAAAACAACCAUGGUCCAAAGAGCAGGAUUUCAGCAUAACAGUGAAGCACAUACCUUGUUUAGUGUACUUGUUUUCUUCCUUCAGUUAUGCAUUAAUAACUUUCCCUUACAGUGAGAGCCAUUUAUACUCAUACACACAGAGCACUCAACUGUUGUGUCUUCCCACCACAGAAAACAUAGAUAGCAUUUAAAGGUAAGUUUAGCAGAAAAGUAUACUUUUUUUAGUAUCUGACUGUGCUAGAAAACACAAACAUACACAUCCCUCAAUCCUUACUGUAACCAUAGAGAAAAGAAUCCAGAAGGAAAUAAAAAACCUGAAGUGGCUCAGCCACAAAGGCUUACCAACAUUUGUCCAAGGAACCUAUGAAGAACACUGAAGUAUUUAAAACAUUAGGUCAAUUUUCUGGUUACUGUGAAGAUAAAGUGGAAUCUUUACCCAAAAGGCAACUGUUAACAGGGAUAAGUAUGGGAGUUAAAUAUCAGUAGAUUUUGGAAAAAAAGCAGAACAAAAUAAAAUCCUCCCAUGGGUUUCUGUAAUAAAUAAACAGCUACAGUAUAGUAUGUAAAGACUUAAAAACAAUAUGCAUCCAUUCAAACAGUAUUUAUUUAAUUACACCGUAAUGCAAAUAAGUUAGGUCCAUAUAAACUUCAUUUUGUUGUAUGUACAACCUAUGGCAUUAGCAAGCUGACCGAGCCAGCUGGUCUAAGUGUCGGCCUCGUCCUCUGGAAUGUUCGCAUCUUCUGACACUCCGUCCAUCGGCUGCCGCUACUACAGGACCACCACUGCCUUCAU